CGCGCGCGCUCGAGAGCGAGCGAAAGAGAGAGAGAGGAAUAACUGUCCCACCACCAACCUCCGCCCCUGCAGUCAUGCCACGAUCUAGACUUUACUGCCAAGCCUCUUAAAUGAUAGAACAAUCUGCUUUAACCAUCAUCCCGGUGUUUAAUGUGGGAGCGAUAAACGCCGACACUUCCGCGGUCCAGGGGAUCUGUUUGCUGGCGUGCCUGCGCGUGUAUGUAUGCAUGGGAGUGAACUGGCGAAAGCGAGGAGAAGAAGAAGAAGAAGAGGAGGAGGUUUGAUCCGUCUCACAGCACUCAGUGGGAGGAGCCAUGACCGAGGGGGAGGGACAGUUUUACAGCGUGCAGGUGGGGGACUCCACCUUCACGGUGCUCAGGAGGUACCAGCAGCUCCGCGCCAUCGGAUCCGGUGCCCAGGGUAUCGUCUGCUCUGCUCUGGACACCGUACUUGGCAUCCCAGUUGCUGUGAAGAAACUGAGCCGGCCCUUUCAGAACCAGACCCAUGCGAAGAGGGCCUACAGAGAGCUGGUUCUGCUCAAGUGUGUUAAUCACAAGAACAUCAUCCGUUUGCUUAACGUCUUCACGCCUCAGAAGUCAUUAGAAGAGUUCCAGGAUUUAUACUUGGUGAUGGAGCUGAUGGAUGCUAGCCUUUGUCAGGUGAUCCACAUGGACCUGGACCAUGAGAGGAUGUCUUACCUGCUCUACCAGAUCCUGUGUGGCAUCAGACAUCUACACUCAGCUGGCAUCAUUCACAGGGAUCUGAAGCCCAGUAACAUAGUAGUGAAGUCCGACUGCACUUUAAAGAUUUUAGACUUUGGGCUGGCCAGAACCGCCUGCACUAACUUCAUGAUGACACCCUAUGUAGUGACCAGAUAUUACAGAGCGCCAGAGGUCAUCCUGGGCAUGAAAUACAAGGAGAAUGUGGAUAUCUGGUCGGUGGGCUGCAUCAUGGGGGAGAUGGUCAAAGGGAGCGUCAUAUUCCAGGGCACUGAUCAUAUUGACCAGUGGAAUAAGGUAAUUGAGAUACUGGGAACCCCGUCGCUGGAGUUCAUGAACCGUUUGAUGGAGACUGUAAGGAAUUACGUGAUGAACAAACCUCAGUUUCCCGGAGUCAGUUUGAAUGAGCUUUUCCCCGACUGGGCCUUCCCAUCAGAGACUGAGCAUGACAAGAUCAAAACUAGUCAAGCACGAGACCUGCUGUCCAAGAUGCUGGUCAUCGACCCUGAAAGCCGUAUCUCUGUGCAGGAGGCCCUGAGCCACCCUUACAUCCACGUGUGGUACGACCCAGCCGAGGCCGAUGCGCCGCCUCCACAGAUAUCAGACAAGCAGUUGGAGGAGCGGGAACACAGCAUUGAGCAGUGGAAAGAGCUGAUUUAUAAAGAAGUAAUGGACUGGGAGGAGAGGAACAAGAAUGGAGUCCUGAAAGAUGAGUGUUUAGAUGGUACGGUGAACAGCAGCGCCACUGCCUCCCAGUCGUCCUCUAUUAAUGACAUCUCGUCCAUGUCAACGGAGCAGACCCUGGCCUCAGACACUGACAGCUCCUGCAUCGACACCCUCACGGGGCCGUUAGAGGAGUGAAUCAGGUGACGACUUCUCGCUCGUCGCGUCUCCCUCGCCAGUGUGGCUCAUGCCGUGAUCUUGACGUUCAUACAGCUGCAGGUUUACACUAAUAAUUGUUUACUCUUGCUUUUUUCCUCUGUCCCAAACAUUCAUGAAAUAUUCUCUUUAUCCAUUUCUUGUAAGUUUAACUUUUACUUUUAGAUUUUAAAAAGAACUGUUUAAAAUGGGUAGAUAGGUAAUAAUGCAUUCACAUUUUACUUCAUGUAAACUAAUUUUAAUCACCGUCUUAUCCAUCUAGUGGAUUUAUUAUUAUUGCAGAAGCAUGUGUGAUAUCUGGAUCUAUCCCUCUCUCUCUCUGUGCGAUGUAGCUUUUAUCACUGUUCAUUUCAUCACCUAAAAGAAGCACAGAUAUAAAUUCUCUGACAAAUUUAUAGCUAGUGAGCCCAACUGGAACAAGUUCCUCUUACAAGUAUUGCUGCAUGAUAACAAAGAAGACUCACUACAGAGACCAUUUAACUACAGAUCACUGAAAUAUCUAGAAAUGGAACAGUAGUGCCUGCCUCUGUACAUAGUCACCAUACAUACGCCCAUUUUAAAAGAGAACCUAAUGAUGCAUUUAUGUUGGUUAGGGUGUAGUCAUGUUUGUGUGUAUAUUUACGUACAUUGAUUUUGUGUAAAUGUUCUUUCUUUGUGCAGCUUCUGAAUACGUUUUUUGCAUAUGUACUCAAAAACAAACUAUGUAUGGAACUUGAAACUGAUUUUAAAAGAAAAUUGCACAUAGAUGUUUCAAAGUGAGCAUAUUCGGUUUAAAAAGAAACAAAAACUUGCAUCUAGAUCUGAGAUGGCAAACUGUGGAUGCAAUAUCCUAAUCAAAGCCCGUUUUUCUCAUCAUUCCAAGGGUAAUUAAUCACUGCUGGCAAGUUCGUGACCUCUCAUAAGAUUGUAUAUUUAAUUGCAUGAGCGAAUGCAAACCAUUGCCUUUUUUAAUUUCCUCAAACUUGAAAAGCCCAUACGAAUGUUGUACAAAGCAAAUUUAUGGUUUCCUUCCUUUAAAAAAAAAACAAAACAAAAAAACAGGAUUGUCAGCAG